AAGAGUUGAAAGUUCACACAGCGAAACCGGUUAGUGGAUGACAUCGUGGGAGCAGAGUCAAUGAAGUACCUCACAUGGCUGGUCGGCUACUGAAAAUAUCAUCUGUUGCCACGGCAGUGUUCGCAUCAUCAGGGUUCUACCUGUACAGCAAAAAUGUUGACCUCAAUGACCUCAGCAUCAUAAGAUUUGGGAGGGCAGCUGCAACUACGGCUGUCAUCAGUUACGACUACCUCACAACCCUCAGAGCUGUACAGUAUGGGACAGAGGAGUACUGGGUUGUCAAGUCAAAGGUUCACCGGCGUUCGGCUGAGAGGCUCAGAGACUUGUGUUGUGCAAACAGAGGCACCUUCAUAAAAGUAGGCCAGCACUUGGGAGCCCUGGACUAUCUCCUUCCUGAGGAGUACACCAGCACACUGAAGGUCCUCCACAGCAAAGCUCCUCAGAGCUCGAUGGAGGAGAUCAGACAGGUCAUCCGAGAAGACCUUGGAAAAGAGCUCGGCGAGCUUUUUACCCAGUUUGACGAGAAUCCUCAGGGGGCCGCGUCCCUAGCUCAGGUCCACAAAGCAGUACUACUGGAUGGGAGGACGGUGGCAGUGAAGGUGCAGCAUCCCAAGGUCCAGCGGCAAAGCUCCAAGGACAUUGUUGUGAUGGAGUUCCUCCUGCAGGUUGUCCACUGGUUGUUUCCAGACUUUGCUUUCAUGUGGCUGGUGGAAGAAGCUAAGAAGAACAUGCCUCUUGAGCUGGACUUCCUCAAUGAAGGUCGAAACGCUGAGAAAAUAGCAGACAUGCUCAAGAAGUUUAACUUUCUCAAGGUCCCAAAGAUUCACUGGGAUCUUUCCACUAAGCGCAUUCUAACCAUGGACUUUGCAGAAGGCGGUCAGGUCAACGACAGAGAGUACAUGAGAAAACACGGCAUCAAUGUCAAUGAGAUAUCCCAGAACCUGGGCAAGAUAUACAGUGAAAUGAUAUUCGUCAAUGGAUUCGUGCACUGUGAUCCUCACCCUGGCAACGUGCUGGUGCGAAAGAGUCCUGAAAGUAAUAAGACGGAAAUUGUGUUACUCGAUCACGGCCUGUAUCAGGUACUGAACCAGGACUUCAGGCUUGACUACUGCAGGCUGUGGCAGAGUUUGAUAAAGGGAGAUAUGAAAGGCAUAGAGCGUUACAGCAGGCGUCUAGGUGCAGGAGAUCUGUACCCUCUAUUUGCUUGUGUUCUCACCGCCCGCUCCUGGACGUCAGUUAACGCUGGAAUCAGCCAGACCCCUGUCACUCAGUUUGAGGACGUGGAGAUCCGUACAAAUGCGGCACUCUACCUCCCUCAGAUUAGUGAGCUGUUGAACAGAGUGCCCCGACAGAUGCUGCUCCUUCUGAAGACCAACGACCUGCUGAGAGGCAUCGAGACCAUCCUGCAGACCAGAGCCAGCUCCAGCUCCUUCAUUAACAUGUCCCGCUGCUGUACACGCGCCAUUGCCAGGCACAAGAGGAGUAAAACCAAGUCUCGGACUAGGCGACUGCAGAUCUUGCUGUCUGAGCGUUGGUCUCUGUGCCAGAUAGGCCUGUAUGAACUUAUAUUGUGGCUCCAUAGCUCCAUGCUGGCCAAAUGGGUCUCCUACCUCUUUGGUUUCCUCCCACACCCAAAUUGAGACACUCAAACCAGGCCACAUCGCCCUGGCCAGCCUCUUCUCUUCUCCAUACUGACUUUAGUACUGAACUCUGCACUGAGCCAAGUGCAUAGUGGGUUAAUCAUGGACAGUUUUUAACAAGUGCUGAUAUAUAAUGUCAUUUUGGUACUUUGCAUAGUGUCAAAUGAAGGUAAGACGUACAGCAGGUCAGUUUUUUUAAACAUAUGUUUACCAAUCACACAGCCAUAAGCAAGGGGUCAUGAAAGGUGACAAGAUCGCAUGAUGGUUUGAGCACUGGAGAGAUGCUCACUGCAUGUUUACUCUCUUUCAGAUAUCCAUAUUUUUUACAGGACUGUAUGUAAAUAUGAGUUGUGCAAUAUCCCAGAUUUGUGAAAUCUUGCUCUGGAAUCGACAUUGAGCUGCCAUGUUAUCUAGAAACAUCUCUACAGAUUUCAUAGAGUGUCCCUCAUUUCAUUCCUUCAGAUUUUCCUCUGCCAUAUGAUUCACACAUUUUAAUUUAAUGGUUGUAGUCUAACAUAAUCAUUAUAAAUGGAAUUUUAUUUGAAUUCUGUGAAAUGUUUUUUUUAUUUAUCACAUUGGAUCAAUAAAUGGU